AUGUCUGAUGCCCCCGCCGCCCCUGUCACCGAGAACGGCGCGCCCGUGCAGGAGACCGUCGUCGAAGAAGUAGGCUUCAAGGUCUUCGCUGGCAAUCUCGCGUACUCCACCACGGAUGAAGGGCUAAAGACGUUCUUUGCGCCGGUCGAGAGCGAGGUUCUCUCUGCUCAGGUCAUCAAGCGCAGCGGCAACCGCUCUGCAGGUUACGGAUUCGUUUCCUUCUCCACCGCAGAGGCCGCACAGAAGGCCGUGGAGCUCCUCGACAAGAAGGAGCUCGAUGGUCGCACUCUCAUCGUCGAGGUCGCCAAGCCUGCUGAGCAAAAGGACAACGAGAAGAAGCAGCGCCGCCUCAAGAAGAGGACCGGUCGUCGCGGCAGCAAGUCGGUUCCCGGCGAGGUCAGCGAGGCCGAGGCGAACGGCGAUGCCUCCGCCGACAACGCACCGGCCGCCGCGUCGGGCGACGCGGCCAAGCCCAAGAAGAAGAAGAAGGCCCGCAAGCCCAAGGCGACCAAGGAUGGCGAGGCGCCCGCUAGCGCUGAGGGCGCCGCACCCGUUGAGGGUGAAAAGAGGCCCAAGGCCCGCAAGGCUCGUACUCCUCGCCCCCCUCGCCCCGCCGGCGAGGACCCCCAGGGCGAGCCGUCCAAGACGGUGCUCUUUGUCGCCAACCUCGGCUUCAACAUUGACGACGCCGGCCUCUCCGCGCUCUUCACCGACGCUGGUAUCCCCGUGAAGACCGCACGCAUUGUCCGCCGCCGCUGGGGGAAGCCCCGCAAGAGCAAGGGCUACGGCUUCGUCGACGUCGGUGACGAGGAGCAGCAGAAGAAGGCCAUGGAGGCGCUCCAGGGCCAGGAAGUCGGUGGCAGGGCCAUCGCGGUCAAGAUCGCCAUAAACUCUUCACCAGCUGCUUUGCAAACUGCGAUGUCUGAUGAAGAAGACGACUACCUCUCAGACAAGUUCCUCGUCGAGGUUGCCGCACCCACGUCCUCCGCUCCCAAGACAUACGCAGACCGCCGCCGUGAAGCUCAGCUCGCGGCCGCGCGCAAGAACGAGCAGAACCGCACGCUCAGCCUUCGCGAACGGGAGCGCAUAUCGCGCGAAGAGGGCCUCAGCACUUCGCUAUUUGAGCGCGCGCGGGAGGAGCAUGCAGAGCGAGGGUCCGAGAACAAGGCACUCGCGAUGAUGAUGAAGAUGGGGUUCAAGCCGGGGCAAGCUCUUGGGGCGAAGGACGACGCCCCAGUUGCGGCGGCUGCACAUGACACAACCCGAGACGGCGGUCAGGUUAAGCCUCCGGGGAUGAAGGAGGAAGACGAGGCGGAGCCUGCGCGGAGAGGAAAAACGGGGAUUGGCCUGCGGAAGCGCGCCGCGUCCCCCAGUGCGCCGGAGCGGCUCGCGAAGAUGGCGCGCAUGGCGGAGGACCGCACGCACGCGUCCUUCCGCGACCGCGCGCGGAUGGAGUACGAGGAACGGCGGGCGGCGGGGCGGCUGCACCCCGCGCAACGGACGUGCGCGACGCUCGACGGGAAGCAUGGCGUGGAGUUCAAUGUGCUGUGGCUGGACCCGGAGAACCCGGAGUCGUUCCCAGACGGCUUGCUGGACGCGCUGGACGACCCUGCGCUCACGGCACAAAUCCAGCGCGCCCGCGUAGGCGACAGCAUCGAAGGCCGACUGCGCGCGAAGAUGCGGGCGGACGCCCUGCGGCCGCUUCAAGGCUCGUUGGCAGACGCGGACGACACGGGUGAAGGCGCAGCAGACCAGGUGGAACUACGUAAAUCACCUUACUCCGAGGAGGAGCUCCAAGAGGCAGUACAAUUCCUUCGACUUGGCCCCCCGGACAGGCUCACGCUCAUUCUGGACUAUCUCCGCCGCAAAUACGCGUACUGUUUCUGGUGCGGGACGCAAUACACGGACGACGAAGACAUGGCCGCGGACUGUCCGGGGCCCGAUGAGGACGCCCACGACUAG